ACGGGCAGCGCACAAUAUGUGCAGACAAUUUUUAGUAAAGCCUGAUGCACAACUUUUGGCAAUUGUCCUUCUUUCCAAUGCUUUCGUUUCAAACGAUCACAAAAAUUCAAGAUUCUGGUAAGCGCGUAGCGGCAUUCUCGCGAGAGCCUACUCCGAUGAACGACGAAACUCGGGAGAAAUGAUUCCGAGUCCGAACCGACUGCUCAGAUGCAAUCCUCGCCCGCCAUCAAAGCCAGCAAGCUCGCACGCAGAUUCACCUGCCUCUCGACGUACGGCGGCGGCGGCAUCACCCCCGUCGCGAACGGGCGGGCGGCGGAGCAGAGCUGCCUAGCUUCCCUCGGACUCUGCGACGCCGUCCCGAAGCUCGCCCAGGCCCACGCCCGCAUCAUCAAAUGGGGCCUCGGCAGCAACCCGCUCGUCCUCACCAAGUUCGCCUCCGCGUCUUCGGAUCUCGACGCCGUCGACCUCGCCUGCUCCUUCGUCUUCGCGCCCGACGCCGACGCUCGCCUCUACGACGCCUUCCUUUUCAACACCGUCGUCCGGGCCUGUGCCCAGAGCAAACGCCGGGAGGCCUUGGGUUUUUACCGUCUCAUGCUUCGGUCUGGCAUUUCGCCGAACAAGUUCACGUACCCGUUCGUUCUUAAGGCCUGUGCCGGCAUCGGGGACUUGAGGUUGGGCCGGGCGGUCCACUGCUCGGUGGUCAAGUUCGGGUUCGAUGAAGAUGUUCAUGUGCAGAACACGAUGGUCCACAUGUACAGCUGUUGUGGUGGAGGAGGGGGGAUCGAGUUUGCAAGGAAGGUGUUCGAUGGAAUGACGAAGCUGGACUCUGUUUCGUGGAGUGCCAUGAUCGGUGGGUAUGUACGUUUGGGUGAAUCAGGGGAUGCCAUCGCCUUAUUUAGGAAGAUGCAGAUUGCUGGGGUCAAGCCUGACGAGAUUACUAUGGUUUUGGUGUUGUCGGCUUGUGCGGAUUUAGGUGCCCUUGAGCUGGGGAGGUGGGUUGAAUCCUAUGUUGUGAGAGAAAAUGUUCGAAAGACCGUGGAGCUGUGCAAUGCUCUUAUCGACAUGUUCGCCAAGUGCGGUGAUGUGGAUAGUGCAUUAAGGUUGUUUAGAAGCAUGAGUAACAAAACAAUUGUCUCGUGGACUUCUGUCAUUGGCGGUCUUGCAGUACAUGGCCGUGGCGUGGAGGCUGUUUCUCUUUUUGAUGAGAUGAUGGCCUCUGGGGUGGUACCAGAUGAUGUUGCCUUCAUUGGGUUGCUUUCGGCAUGUAGUCACUCUGGUUUGGUUGAGAAGGGCAGAGAUUAUUUCAGCUUGAUGACAAAGAGAUUUGGCAUUGAACCUAAGAUAGAGCACUAUGGUUGCUUGGUAGAUCUGCUCUGUCGGGCUGGUCUCAUCCAAAAGGCCAUAGAGUUUGUUGAGAAAAUGCCCCUCGAACCCAACCCAGUUAUUUGGCGAACCCUAAUUAAUGCUUGCCGUGCACAUGGGGAGCUCAAGCUUGGGGAGGACAUCACCAAAAGGUUAAUCGGAAAAGAACCCAUGCACGAGUCAAAUUAUGUUUUGCUCUCGAAUAUAUAUGCCAAAAUGUCGCAUUGGGAAAAGAAGACCAAGAUCAGAGAGGUUAUGGACACCAAGGGGAUGAGAAAGAUUCCUGGAAGUACCUUGAUUGAACUAGAGAAUGAGAUUUAUGAAUUUGUUGCUGGCGACAAGUCACAUGAUCAGUAUAAGGAAAUCUAUGAGAUGUUGGAUGAGAUGGGGAGGGAGAUAAAGAAGGCUGGAUAUCUUCCUUCUACGUCGGAAGUGCUCCUUGAUAUUAACGAAGAGGAUAAGGAAGAUGCUUUGAAUAGGCACAGCGAAAAAUUGGCAAUUGCAUUUGCUCUUCUCAGGACACCACCUGGAACCUCUAUCCGCAUAGUGAAGAACUUACGAGUUUGUGAGGAUUGUCACUCUGCUACCAAGUUCAUCUCCAAAAUUUAUGAUCGAGAGAUAGUUGUGAGGGACAGGAAUAGAUUUCACCAUUUCAAGGAUGGCAUGUGCUCGUGUGGAGACUUUUGGUGAAAUGUCCCUGCAUUGUGGGACUCACAUCAAGUGAAACAUCAUGUUUCAUUGCUUGGGAUCAAAUGUUUUAGCUCCACUCAAAUGCUUUACUUGUAGAGAGAGAAUGUCAUUUGCAAAGCACAAAAGUUCUUCACUCAGAAAUUCUUAGCCAGAUACCUCAAUUGGGAAUCAUAGCAUCUAUGAUAGUCCAACCAGUAUAAUUGUGGUGAUCUCCUUGUUUGAAUGCAGAAAAACAUGGAUUGGAGCAUUAGAUGGGUUGCAGCUGGCUUUCUUUCUCACCAGAGACCUUCAUGAAACAUUCAUUUUCGGCGGGAACCUGUGUCUUGACAAGGUGCUAUAUGCUGUUAUCUUGUAUACUAGCUACUGAGUGUUGGAUAAACCUGGAGAAUCUUGCUAAGGCCACCUCCACAUAUCUUCUCUUGAGGAUCCUUGUGAGAUUUGUGAACUGAGAAACAGGAAUUGGCAGCCUGGUUUUUCAUCUUGAGUGCACUGUUGUUCUAACGAUUAUUAUGACAAUGCUAUGCUGAGUGCCGUCUGGGAGGAGCAAUGCGUUUUACACUCUCUGCAGGGCACCAGAUGGGAAUAACAAUGUAAUACACCAUAAAAAUAGUAAAGAUGGCCUGAUUGAGUCAGGGUUGGGUAAGCAGGAUCUGCAAAAGUCAUGGAAAUUAAGAUGUCCCCAGAGCUGAAAAACUUCAUCAUCAAAAUCCGAAGGCAUACGAUGAGCUUUUGAGAAUUAAGGGGGAGAUGGGCUGCCAAUACACUAGGUGGGUAAGGAAGUACAAAUUGUGACUUGUCCUUGCUCUUGUCGAGAAGAAUAAAUUGGUUCAUCACAUGGACCAUCGUUGUUACAAUGUAAUUAAGCUUUGCCACUCAGGACUGAGAUCCAAGGACAGAGCUACAGGGUCUAAUGGUAACAGCUCGCUCGAGAUCAGUUGUGCUGUGGGGAUCCACAGCAUGUUUCUUAUCAGGGUAAUUUCCUUUAGCUCUCUGCAAUUUCACAAGGUCAGGCCAAGAAUGAAGAGGACAGAAUGCACAGCUUUGCAAGGUCGGGCCAAGAACGAAGGGGACAGAAUGCAGCAUGCUAUUCUCGUGGAUGGUUGGAUGGUUCCAUCUAGAUCGUAACUCCACAUGGGAAACCUCUGACGGAAGAAGCAUCUUCUUGCGGUGUAUGACCACGGGAAGAAGCUUUUUAGCCUUUUGAACGCAAAUGCUGCACGAACUUCCUGGGAGUUUCACAGGGCUAAGACAUUGUUUAUUACAUAGAUCGAGAUAAAACGAUCAAACUCCGCAUUUGCUCUUCAUGUAUUCGAACGGUGCCAUGAUAAGACACAGAUUAAGACAAAUAAUCCCCUUGCCGUGGAGCAGGUACAAGAAUGUCUGCAUAAUCUUUAUUUACCGAAAAUUGUCCUA